CUUAGAAGAACAGGAAGAACCAGAACAGUUGAAGAGCAGCAAAUGAGAUGCAUCUCCUUUUAACCUUUGCUUUGACUUUUAUGCUUUCUGCACAGCAGGAAAAUGGCAGUGAAAUGAUGGAGAAAGUUAUAAAUGCAAUUGGUGAGGAAGGUCUAAAAAAACUAAUGAAUGCUAUGGAUGACUACGAUCUUGACAAAUUAAUGGAAUGUAUAGAAAGACAUUGUGAAAUGGCUGAUUUUGUGGACCUCAUGGAGAAGAUGUUAAAUGCUCUUAAGGAAAUACCACAUGGCGAUAAACUGAUAUAUAAAUUGAUGAAGGGACUUGUAAAACACGGUCCUCUGGCUGAAUUGGUAAAUGAACUGAGUGAAGAACUUAUGUUGGAAAUAAUCAAUGCUUUGGAUGCCAGAGCAAUUGAAAAAAUAAUGAAUGUGGGUAGACAUCAAGUUGAUAAUUUUGUGUUAAUGCCAUUUAGAAAAGAAAUAAUGCCUAUUAUCAUGAAAGCUAAUGAUGGCAAAGGACUGCCUAAACUGAUGAGUAUGCUCACUGGUGAUACAAAUGCAAAACCAACUCUCCCUUACCAUCAACCUGUGCCUGGUGGACUUCAUCCUGGGAUGUCUGUAUAUGUGCAAGGGACAGUGCCCAAACACGCCAACAGAUUCCUCUUGGACUUUGCCUGUUGCCAGCACGAUGGGGCUGACAUUCCCUUCCACGUCAGCCCUCAAUUUGAUGCAGAGAAUAUUGUGCUCAAUACCUUUCAGGCUGGCAGGUGGGGAAAGGAAGAGAAAUACAAGAUGCCCUUCCAAAAGGGCGACCCUUUUGAGGUCAUCUUCAUCCUCAGUGGGGUCGGAUACGAGGUAAUAGUGAACAAGAAGCCUUUUUGUACCUUCAAGCACAGAAUGCCACUACAAAGCGUGCAGAACAUCCAUGUUGAUGGAGACCUGGAGCUUCAAUCUCUGGCUGUCAUGGAAGGUCCAAUGAUGGGAAACAUGAAUCUCCCUUACCAUCAACCUGUCCCUGAUGGACUCCUUCCUGGGAUGGCUAUAUAUGUCCAAGGCACAUUGCCUAAAUACACUAAAAGUUUUUCAGAGUUGUUUCGGGUGAACUUUGCAUGUGAGGGGGAUGAUAUUCCUCUCCACUUCAUCCCUACCUUUGUUUGGAAUCACAUUGGGCUCAACACAUUUCAGGAUGGCAAGUGGGGAAGGGAAGACAAACGCAACAUGGUCCUCCGAAAGGGCGAGCAUUUUGAAGUCAUCUUUAUUGUCACUGAGGCCAGAUUCCAGGUCCUGGUGAACAGGAAGCCCUUCUGUACUUAUAAGCACAGAAUGCCACCACAAAGCGUGAGGGACAUCAAUGUUGAUGGACACUUGGAGCUGCAAUCUUUGACCGUGAUAGGAGGACCAAUGAUAGGGAACAUGAGUAUGUUGCCGAACAAUGGAUAUGGAACACCAAAAAAUCUUCCUAUACUAAUGGGUUCUGUGAUCUACUACCCCCCGAUGCCUUACAUGGGCUACAUUCCUAGAGAUCUGGGAGCCAACAGGACCAUCUCAGUGCAAGGCUUUAUUCCAAAGAACACUAAAAGGUUUGAAAUCAAAUUUAUGGCUGGCCAGGACAUCGCUCUGCGCAUUAAUCCACGCAUGAAAGAGAGAACUGUGGUGCGCAACAGUUUUCUGAAUGGCAGGUGGGGACUGGAGGAAAAUUACCUGCCCUUUAACCCUUUCCAAUAUGACCAGUACUUUGAACUCUCGAUCUGCUAUGACAAGCACGAGUUCCAGGUUUAUACCAAUGGCCAUCCCUUCUUCAACUAUGCCCAUCGUUAUGUUCCUAUUGAACACAUCCGCACUCUCAAGAUCACAGGAGACGUGACCCUUUCCUACAUCAAGUACUAAGCAAUGAGAUGGGAAAAGACCAAUAACAGCACAGACCCCCUCCGCCCUCUUUCUCUGUCUGCCAGUAUAUUUAAAAUCAAGUUUUUAAGAAGAGACUGGACAGCCAUUUGUCCAAAAUGGUGUAGCGUUUCCUGCCUGAGCAGGGGGUUGGACUAGAUGACCUCCAAGGUCCCUUCCAACUUUACUACUAUUAUUAUUAUUAAGUGAUAUACAAGCUCCAGUAAAUCAAUCAAUCAAUCAGACACUUAAGAAAAAUUGAGAUUAAGCAGCAUCUUCAAUAAAACAUCUUGAGCAAGCAGCGCAACUGGUUUACUUUACUGCCUUCUGAAUUUGACAUGAAGAAGAUACAAAGCAUUUUUUAAAAAAAAAUUGUUGCCCUUCACAUGUGUGGGAACUUGGCAAGUUUAAGAUGGAUGGAUAUCCCCAGCCUCUAUUGGAUUCUGAUCCAACUUAUAAUCUACAAAUUGCAGGGUGGGUGGAUUGAGAAUGGAACUUUUCAAACAAAUUCUCUAUUUUCCUAGGACACCCAUAACUAGAUCAGUUAAAGACCAAGGAGCUCCAUUCACACAACUCAUUUUAACCUUGGUUAGCUUGGAGGAAGAUUAGAGUAAAUUCAACCCACGUGGCAAAUUUACCAUUCAUUCCCUCGAAUGUGAGAAUUCAGUAGCCAAUUAAAUAUAUCAUGUGGACCCAACCCAGAUAAUUGGUGUGUCCAGUUGAAGGGAUUGGUACCUUUGUUUUUUUUUGCCUUUUAGUACUGUCCAUGGGGUUUAGUACUGUCCAGAAGAUGGUAGAGGACAGGAAGACCUGGAGGAACGUUGUCCAUGGGGUCGCGACAGGUCGGACACGACUUCGCAAUUAACAACAACAACCUUUGUUUUGCUUCAGAAUUAGGCCUUCCAGCAUCACCCAGGAGGUCCAUGUCCAAGCCCCACAGGACUGCCUGAUUGUACGGCAUAUGCUGUAGGAGAGAAAUAUGAAGAUGACUAGUGAUGUACUAUGUUUCUAGUCCUCUUGAAGACAAAAAAAGUGUGCUCAUUUUUAGAAAGGCCCAGCAGUUCAAACUCCUUUAUACACCAGAAUUUUUGGUCUGGGGUUUGAAAAAUGUGGCUUCAAAUUGCUGGGGAGAAUCUACAAAAGCCUCAUGCAGCCUGAGAAGAGUGAAUGGAUCUGGAUCACCAUUAGCAAUUUCUAUAACUUGUUAAACACCUAUGUCAGGUGAGCUAAAAUGGUUCUUCUGUGAUAUACUACUCCAAGGGAAAAUUAUAAAUUGGAUGCAUGGAUGGAUGGAAAGAUCUAGCUAGAAUCAGAUUGGCCCUAUUUCAUUGGCUUGAUUCACAGAAUCUCCAAUUCCCAAAGACAUCACAUUAUGGUUUAGCAGAGGCACUCCAAAACCCCAGUUAGUCUAGAUCAGAAAUGUCAAACUCACCAUGUCAUGUGACGUGUCGUGACAUGUCGCAACUUUUUCCCCAUUGCCGGAGCUGGGUGGGCAUGGUUUCAGCAUGACGCAUCCGGCAUGUGGGCUGGCAGUUUGACACCCCCGGUCUAGAUAGUUAUUGAAUCCUACCAACCUGAUGGGAUUUAAGAAAGCCAUUAAGACAGGUCCCCUUGCAGUCAUAUAUAGCUAGUCUUCACUUAACAACCAUCAUUGGGACCGGCAACUCUCUUACUAAGUGACAAGAGUCAUUAAGCGAGACAUCACACCAUGAUUUGAGAUUACACUGCCAGCUUCUCCAUUGAUUCUGCUUAUUGGAAGUCAGCUGUGAUGUGUGCAAAUGGCAAUCAUGUGGCGACGACAUUGUGGCAGUCAUAAGUGCAAAGAUCAGUCGUAAAGUUACAUCUUCAAUAACAUUGUAACUUUGAUCACUAAGUGAGGAAGUUGCUAAGCAAGGUCUUCUAGUGGAUUAUGCUGAUUUAUGAAAUGACAUCGUAGGUAUGAUGAAUGCUUUGUGUGAUUGGGCUUUGCUAUUUUGGUUAUUCUAACCUUUAGAAUGCACCUGGGAAUGUAACUAGUCACAAGGGAAGCAGCAGUUCAGCUUGAGCAAAGUAGAUAAAUCAGUACUGGGCUGAAUUUAACAGGAAUUUGGCUCUGUGCAGGUCUCUAACCCUUGUUUAUUCUGUCCUGGAUUUUUUCCAGUUGAUUUUCUGAUUUGUUGGUGGCUCCCAACCUGUCAGUCUCUACUUGCCAAUAAAAUUUCUCUAACUUGC